CGCGCUGCCUUGGAGACGGGACGCGGGGCCCUCGGCUGACACUGCCCGGCUGGCCGCGCCCACCCGGUCGCCAUGGAGCUGCCCCCUGGGCCACGAGACGAUCCCCGCGCCUGGGACGAUGACUCGGAGCCGGAGCCGGAGCCGGACCCCGACGCGCAGGCCGAGGCUUACGUGGCCCGAGUGCUUAGUCCGCCGAAAGCGGGGCAGGCGCCCCUGCGCGCCCCUUUGCUGUCCGCGCCAGUCGCGUCCCCUGGCGCCCUGGAGCCGCGGGCGGCGUCCAAGGGUCCGCCCGUGGGGGUCCCGGGACUGCUCAGCCUUCCUCCGGAGCUGCUGCUCGAAAUCUGCGCCUACCUAGACGCGCGCCUGGUGCUCCACGUCCUCCCGCGCGUGUGCCACGCGCUGCGCGACCUCGUGCGUGACCAUGUCACCUGGAGGCUACGCGCGCAGCGCCGCGUACGCGCGCCCUACCCAGUUGUGGAAGAGGAGGACUUUGACUGGCCAACAGCGUGCAUUGAGUUGGAGCAACACCUGUCGCGCUGGGCAGAGGAUGGGCGCUGGACUGAGUACUUCUGCUUGGCUGAUGGGCACUUUGCUUCCAUUGACUCGGUCCUGCUGCUCCAGGGUGGUGCGCUUUGUUUGUCGGGCUCCCGGGAUCGCAAUGUCAACCUGUGGGACAUGCGGCAGUUGGGGGUAGAGCCCAGCCAGGUUCUAGUCAAGGCCCUGGGAACCGAGAAGAACAGCACCCACAAGGGCUGGGUGUGGUCGCUGGCAGCGCUGGACCACCGCGUGUGCUCUGGUUCCUGGGACAGCACGGUGAAGCUCUGGGACAUGGCAGCAGAUGGGCAGCAGUUCGGCGAGAUAAAGGGCAAGGCAGCUGUGCUGUGCUUGUCCUACCGGCCUGACAUCCUGGUGACUGGCACCUAUGACAAGAAGGUGACCGUCUACGACCCCAGAGUCGGCCCGGCCCUGCUGAAGAGCAGGCGGCUGCACUCAAGUGCGGUGCUGGCGCUGCUGGCGGACGACCGGCACAUCAUCUCGGGCAGCGAGGACCACACGCUCGUGGUGUUCGACCGCCGAGCCAACAGCGUCCUGCAGCGACUGCAGCUGGACUCCUACCUGCUCUGCAUGUCCUACCAGGAGCCCCAGCUCUGGGCUGGUGACAACCAGGGCCUGCUGCACGUCUUCGCCAACCACAGUGGCCGCUUCCAGCUUGUCCGGUCUUUUGACGUGGGCCACAGGUCUCAGAUCACAGGGAUCAAACACUCACUGGGGGCCUUGUACACCACGUCCACUGACAAGACCAUCCGGGUGCACGUGCCCACGGAUCCACCAAGGACCAUCUGCAUGCGAAGCCACAACAAUGUGCUGAAUGGGAUCUGCGCUGAGGGCAACCUGGUGGUGGCUGCCUCCGGGGGCCUAUCGCUGGAGGUCUGGAGGCUGCAGGCCUGAGCUGCCAGACGUGGAAGUGGCGGUGGAUCUGCCGGCCCACAGGCUGGGCCGCAGCCUCUGUUCUCGGGGGACCUUCCCCCGUGUUGGUGCUGUCUCUGCCUUCUCCCAAAGCCCUGAGGCACAUGGGGUCCGGGCCAUGGUGAGGCAGGGUCCUUGGGCUGUGCCCCACGCCAGGGAAGGUGAGGUUGUUCAGGCCCACCCAGGGGACGGCUCCCUCCCCUGGGCCCUGUUUUUGUUAAGGUUUGGAUACCUGCUUUCCCUUGAGAGCGAAAGAGAAAUAAACCUGAUGUACUGGUGUCA